GUCACUUCCGCUUGUGCCCGUUGCUCGAGUACGUGCCGGGAGUCUGGGUCUCGCGAACGCGCCAGGAGCGUGUCUCAGGCGGGAGCGCGCCCAGUAGAUGACAACAAAUUAGUCGCGCCGCGUCGGAGUCUUGUCUCGCCUCAGCCGCCAGCCCUCUCUGUCUGUCCCUCUGUCUCCCUACCGACGGAGCGCUUCGGAAGCUCCCGGCUUGGGGCGCCCGGUUCUGCUCAGCGCCCAGUCCCCGCCGGGCCUAGUGCGAGCGUCGCGACGCGGGCCAUGGGGUUGCCCUGAGGGACGGCGGCGCCGAACCGACAUGCAGCGGCCACCGCGAACCUAGAUCCCCACCGCGGCUUGGGGACGCCGCCGGGCCGACCCUGAGGCGCUGCCGCUGCCUGGAGCCCAGGUCGGAUCCCCCGAGUCGCCGCCGCGUGCAGCCCCGGCUCCCUCGAGCCGCCAGCCCUCACCAUGCCUUGGCCAUUUUCAGAAUCCAUCAAGAAGAGGGCCUGUCGCUACCUCCUACAGAGGUACCUGGGCCACUUCCUGCAGGAGAAGCUGAGCCUGGAGCAGCUGAGCCUGGAUCUGUACCAGGGCACCGGGUCCCUUGCCCAGGUCCCCUUGGACAAAUGGUGUCUCAAUGAAAUCCUGGAGUCAGCAGAUGCACCAUUAGAAGUCACUGAAGGAUUUAUUCAGUCCAUUUCCCUGUCCGUCCCAUGGGGCUCCUUGCUGCAGGACAACUGUGCCCUGGAAGUGAGAGGACUGGAGAUGGUCUUCCGGCCUCGACCUCGAGUAGCAACUGGGUCCGAGCCUAUGUACUGGUCAAGCUUCAUGACCAGCAGUAUGCAGCUGGCAAAGGAGUGCCUUAGCCAGAAACUGACAGAUGAGCAAGGAGAGGCAUCCCAACCUUUCGAGGGACUGGAAAAGUUUGCAGAAACCAUCGAAACAGUACUAAGAAGAGUGAAAGUCACUUUUAUAGAUACUGUUUUAAGAAUUGAACAUGUGCCAGAAAAUUCUAAAACUGGAGCUGCACUUGAAAUCCGAGUAGACAGGACCGUGUACUGUGACGAAACAGCCGACGAGUCCUCAGGAGUCAAUGUGCAUCAGCCCACAGCUUUUGCUCAUAAAUUGCUGCAGCUCUCUGGGGUGUCUCUGUUCUGGGAUGAGUUUUCUGCUUCAGCAAAAUCUUCCCCCGUGUGUUCAACUGCACCAGUGGAAACUGAGCCAAAGCUGUCACCUAGCUGGAACCCCAAAAUUGUUUAUGAGCCACACCCACAACUAACUAGAACGUUACCGGAGAUCGCACCCUCGGAUCCAGUGCAGAUUGGAAGGCUACUGGGCAGGCUGGAGUUGAGUCUCACUUUAAAACAGAAUGAAGUGCUUCCAGGAGCCAAGUUGGAUGUCGAUGGACAGAUAGACUCCUUUCAUCUAUUCCUGUCACCGAGGCAGGUACACCUCCUUCUGGAUAUGUUAGCAGCUAUUGCUGGACCAGAAAAUUCUAGCAAAAUAGGGCUGGCUAAUAAAGACAGGAAAAAUCGACCCAUGCAGCAGGAAGAUGAGUACAGAAUUCAGAUGGAAUUAAACCGGUAUUAUCUGAGGAAAGAUUCCCUCUCUAUGGGUGUGUCUUCUGAGAAGAGCUUCUAUGAGACAGAAACAGCUCGUACACCUUCUAGCCGUGAGGAAGAAGUUUUCUUCUCCAUGGCCGACAUGGACAUGUCUCACAGUCUGUCCUCUCUUCCACCCCUUGGGGACCCACCACACAUGGACCUGGAGCUGUCGCUGACGAGUACAUACACCAACACACCCGCAGGGUCCCCGCUAAGCGCCACUGUGCUUCAGCCAACUUGGGGAGAGUUUGCCGACCACAAAGAACAGCCAGUCAGAGGGCCAGCAUUCCAGUCUGACGUGGUGCACCCGGCAUCUUUACAAAAAGCUGCUCUCUCCUCUAGGUCUGCUUCAGUGGAUGAAUCCAGACCUGAGUUUAUCUGCAGGCUGGCUCUCGGCAUAUUCUCCGUCUCCGUGCUUCACAUCGAUCCUUUGUCUCCAGCGGAAACGUCUCUGAACGUCAACCCAUUGACACGCAUGGCCACCGAUUUCUUCUCCUGUGUAGAAAAGAUGGACCCAGCAAUAUUUUCGACGGGAGACUUUAAGUCUUUCCGAGCAGUCUUUGCCGAAGCUUGUUCACACGAUCACCUUAGGUUUAUAGGUACUGGCAUCAAAGUGUCCUAUGAGCAGAGACAAAGGUCAGCUUCCCGGCACUUUAGCACCGACAUGUCCGUUGGGCAAAUGGAGUUUUUGGAGUGUCUGUUUCCAACAGAUUGUCAUUCUGUCCCUUCUCACUACACCGAGCUUCUAACGUUCCAUUCCAAAGAAGGGACGGAUGCCCACCUUCCCGUUUGUCUUCAGCUUCACUAUAAACACUCAGAGACUAGAGGACCCCAGGGUAAUCAAGCAAGACUUAGUUCAGUUCCUCAAAAGGCAGAAUUACAAAUUAAAUUAAACCCCGUGUGUUGCGAGCUGGAUAUCAGUAUUGUGGAUAGGUUAAAUUCCUUGCUUCAACCUCAGAAACUCACUACCGUGGAGAUGAUGGCCUCGCACAUGUAUGCGUCCUAUAACAAGCAUAUUAGUUUGCACAAGGCUUUCACGGAAGUGUUCCUAGAUGACUCACACAGUCCUGCAAACCGUCGGGUGUCCGUACAAGUUGCCACCCCAGCCCUGCACCUGUCUGUUCGCUUCCCUAUUCCUGAUCUAAGAUCAGACCAGGAAAGAGGACCCUGGUUUAAGAAGUCACUUCAGAAGGAGACCCUUCAUUUAGAAUUUACGGAUCUGGAGUCCAAGACAGAGUUCGUGGGAGGAUCCACCCCAGAACAAACUAAACUGGAGCUGACUUUUCGAGAGCUAUCUGGGUCGUUCCAGGAGGAGAAGGGAGGGCCAUCUGUCAAGUUCUUCCAUGUGUCUGGUGGAGUAGAUGGAGACACCGCAUCGUCAGAUGACUUUGACUGGCCACGAAUGGUACUGAAAAUAAACCCACCAGCCAUGCAUUCCAUUUUGGAGAGAAUAGCAGCCGAGGAAGAGGAAGAGAAUGAUGGUCACUACCAGGAGGAGGAGGACGGAGGGGCUCAUUCCCUGAAAGAUGUCUGUGACCUGAGGCGGCCAGCCCCGUCUCCCUUUUCCUCUCGUCGAGUGAUGUUUGAGAAUGAGCAGAUGGUGAUGCCGGGAGACCCUGUGGAGAUGACGGAGUUUCAGGAUAAAGCCAUCAGCAACUCGCACUACGUGCUGGAGCUCCUGUUGCCCAACAUCCACCUGACGCUGCCCAACAAAGGCUUCUACGAGAAGCUCUAUAACAGGAUCUUUAACGACUUGCUUCUCUGGGAGCCAACAGCGCCUUCACCAGUGGAGACACUUGAAAACGUUUCCUAUGGCAUCGGACUCUCCGUGGCCAGUCAGCUGAUCAAUACCUUCAGCAAAGAUAGCUUCAGUCCCUUUAAAUCUGCAGUUCACUAUGAUGAAGACAGUGGAUCUGAAGAAGAGACUUUGCAGUAUUUUUCUGCUGUUGAUCCCAACUAUCGUUCCCGUAGGAAAAAAAAGUUGGACUCUCAGAACAAGAACUCUCAGAGCUUCCUCUCAGUGCUUCUGAGUAUCAAUCAUGGACUAAUGGCAGUGUUCACUGAUGUGAAGCAAGAGAAUGGAGAUCCGAUGGAAAGUAAGCAUGGUGAAUUCUGGCUAGAAUUCAAUAGCGGCUCGUUCUUCUGCGUGACAAAGUAUGAGGGCUUUGAGGACAAGCACUACAUCUGCUUGCAUUCCAGCAGCCUCAGGCUGUACCACAAAGGCAUAGUAGAUGGAGCCAUUCUCCCUACAGAGACGCGCUUGCCCUGUUCCACCCGCCCACACUGGCUGGAACCUACAAUUUAUUCCUCUGAAGAAGAUGGCCUCAGCCGCACUGCCUCAGAUGGGGUUGGGGGAGACAAUUUGAAUAUGCUCUCAGUCGCAGUGAAGAUACUGUCUGAUAAGUCCGAGUCCAACACGAAGGAGUUCCUCGUGGCUGUGGGGCUGAAAGGAGCCACUCUACAGCACAGGGUGCUGCCCGCUGGACUCAGUUGGCACGAGCAGAUUUUAAACUUCUUGAAUAUUGCUGAUGAACCUGUUUUGGGAUAUAACCCUCCAACUUCAUUUACAACUUUCCAUGUCCAUCUUUGGAGCUGUGCACUUGAUUACAGGCCCCUUCACCUGCCACUCCGAUCCCUUCUUACUGUUGAGACGUUCAGCAUUUCUAGCAGUGUUGCUUUGGAUAAAUCUUCCUCCACUCUCAGAAUCAUCAUGGACGAGGCUGCUUUGCACCUGUCAGACAAGUGCAACACGGUCACUGUAAACCUGAAUAGAGAUUAUGUUCGUGUGAUGGACAUGGGACUUUUAGAGCUGACCAUAACCGCAGUAAAAUCUGAUUCUGAUGGAGAACAGACUGCGCCCCGCUUUGAGUUACACUGUUCCAGUGACGUCGUGCACAUCAGAACAUGCUCAGACUCAUGUGCUGCGCUGAUGAACCUCAUUCAGUAUGUCGCAAGUUACGGGGACCUACAUGGACCUCACAAAGCAGAGAUGAAGCCUGGAGUCCCACAGAGAAAGCCCAAGGUAGAUUCCAGCGCUCGGUCAUCUUCACAUGGUCCAGUGCUUCCUGAAGCAGAUCAGCAGAUUUUACGGGACCUGAUGAGUGAUGCCAUGGAGGAGAUUGAUCUGCAGCAGGCCUCUGCCCCUGUCGGACCACAGGCUAAUGGUGUCCUGGAUGAAAAGUCUCACACUCAGGAGCCGUGCUGUUCAGACCUCUUCCUGUUCCCAGAUGAGAGUGGAAAUGUGUCCCAGGAGUCCAGCCCUGCCUAUCCGUCUCUCACUCACCACUUGAUCAGUGACGCGGUGACCGGUGUGACCGCUGAAAAUGAUGACUUCUGUAUUCUUUUUGCACCAAAAACAGUCGUUCAGGAGAAGGAAGAAGAGCCAGUGAUAAAGAUCAUGGUUGACGACGCCAUUGUGAUAAAAGAUGACUAUUUCAGUCUGCCCAUCACGAGGACAGACAGCAGCAAAGCGCCGCUCCACUUUCCCAUCCCUGCCGUCCGAUAUGUUGUUAAAGAGGUCUCUCUGGUGUGGCAUCUUUAUGGAGGCAAGGACUUUGCAACAGCUCCUCCAACUUCUCCAGCUAAGAGUUACAUUAGUCCCCACAGCUCACCGUCUCAAACACCUACAAGGCACGGGCGCCACACAGUCUGUGGGGGCAAAGGAAGGAACCAUGACUUCUUGAUGGAAAUACAGUUAAGCAAGGUGAAGUUUCAGCAUGAGGUCUACCCUCCGUGUAAGCCUGAGUGUGAGUCCAGCCUCUUAGAACACCCAGUCUCCAGGCAGGUCUUCAUCGUGCAGGACCUUGAAAUUCGAGAUCGGCUGGCAACAUCACAGAUGAAUAAGUUUUUAUACCUGUAUUGCAGCAAAGACAUGCCUCGUAAAGCCCAUUCCAACAUGCUGACAAUUAAAGCGUUGCAUGUACGUCCGGAGUCUGGCAGGUCACCACAGGAGUGCUGCUUGAGAGUGUCCCUGAUGCCUCUUCGCCUCAAUAUUGACCAGGACGCCUUGUUCUUCCUCAAGGAUUUCUUCACAAGUCUUUCUACAGAAGUGGAGCUUCUACUGACUCCAGAUCCAGAAGUUACAAAGUCUCCUGGAGCUGAUGUCACCUGCAGUUUGCCAAGGCAUUUGAGUACCUCAAAGGAGCCAAAUCUAGUCGUUUCUUUUCCUGGGCCAAAACAAGCUUCCCCGAACCAUCGUGCCAAUUCAGCGGAGGGUGGUAAUGGACUGGAGGAGGACGUCUCUGCUGAGGAAACUUCAUUUAGUGACCAGCCUGUGUUUUUUAGAGAAUUUAGAUUCACGGCAGAAGUUCCCAUCCGGCUUGACUACCACGGCAAGCACGUGUCGAUGGAUCAGGGUACAUUGGCUGGGAUUUUGAUUGGCCUGGCCCAGUUGAACUGUUCGGAGCUAAAGCUGAAAAGGCUUUUCUAUCGGCAUGGUUUGCUAGGUAUUGACAAAUUGUUCUCAUAUGCAAUCUCGGAAUGGCUCAGUGACAUUAAGAAGAACCAGCUACCAGGAAUCCUGGGAGGUGUUGGCCCUAUGCAUUCACUAGUUCAAUUAGUGCAAGGCCUGAAGGACUUGGUAUGGCUGCCCAUUGAGCAAUACCGGAAGGAUGGCCGUAUCGUCAGAGGCUUCCAGAGGGGCGCUGCUUCCUUUGGUACCUCAACUGCAAUGGCUGCCCUGGAACUCACAAACAGAAUGGUCCAAACCAUACAGGCAGCCGCAGAGACUGCAUAUGACAUGGUGUCUCCGAGUACCCUUUCCAUUGAGCCCAAGAAGGCAAAGAGAUUUCCUCAUCACCGGUUAGCCCACCAGCCAGUAGACCUGAGGGAAGGCGUGGCCAAGGCCUACAGCGUUGUAAAAGAGGGGAUCACAGACACAGCUCAGACCAUCUAUGAAACGGCGGCUCGGGAACACGAGAGCAGAGGGGUCACUGGUGCUGUGGGUGAAGUCCUGCGGCAGAUCCCACCGGCAGUGGUCAGACCCCUGAUUGUAGCCACCGAGGCGACAUCAAAUGUGUUAGGUGGCAUGAGAAACCAAAUUAGACCAGACGUUCGGCAGGACGAGUCGCAGAAAUGGCGCCAUGGGGAGGACUGAUCCCACAGUGUGACUGAUUGCACUCCACACUGUGUGGAGCUGAGGGCAGGGGCCUAGUGGCAGCUUCCUAGGAAACUAGUUCAAUUCAUGUGCCCAUCUCAGGAACAAAAGCAGUUCUUAGUAAAAUAAUUUAAUAUCAAAACAACACACAGCCAAAAACUUGUGACAUUUUAGGGCCUGGCACUUGCCUUUCAGAGUGGCUGGUGUCAGUCACUAGAGAUUUGCUGCCCUGUGGAAUGCUUGCUUUCAUUAAAGUGACUCUAACUGUACUUGUUACUGACAAGAGCUCAUUGGGAAUGAGUUUGUAAACAGUGUUGAGUGCUUAAAGAAAGGGGAGCACUCCUGAGGCACUGGGGAGCACUCUUCAUAGUUCUGAGGAGUUGAUUUUUCAGCUCACAGUGACAGAAGCCACAGGGAAAGUGAAGCAGCUGGGGCUCCAGUGUCUGUCAGGUAGCGAAGGCCUCGCCUCCCUCAGGCAACAUGUGCUGUUCUGCACUUUAUCUUCUGUGAGCGUGCGUUUGUGUCUGUGUGUCUGUGUCUGUGUGUGUGUGUGUGCAUCUGUAAUAUGAUGCAAGGUAUGCUGUGUUCUCUGUGUUAUUUACAAGGUUAUAUAAAUACGAUGUGAAGUGAAGAUGUCUCAGAGUUUUUGGUAAAGGAAGGUAACCUAGUGUAAGUUUCUGUAUCCUAAAUGCAAGUGAGAAUGUGAGCUCUGUGGUGGGCUGGGGCCCGCGCAUUGCUUAUGUGGCCACUGUUAAGGACUUAGUGCAGCCCGUUAGUGUCAAGGGCAUUGGAAGUGGGCUUUAUUCUUAGAAAGAUACAUAAAAAUACUCCCAAGUAUGUUCUAGACAACUAAUUCAAAGUACCAUUUUUACUUGGUUAAUAAUGUACAUUUUGAUAACUUGUUGGGAAUGAAUAAAGUAUUUUUAUUUAAAGGUAAGAUUGUUGUAUACGUCCAUGAACAUUUGUUUCUCUGAAAAGCAUAUUUGUUGAUGCAGUGCUCUGAUUGACCAAAGGACAUGUGGAGAUACCUCGGAGCUGAUUGUCACUGUCACUCAUUAGGAGGAGGAGUGUGUGAUUUGUGCCUAGAGAGUAGCCCAGCAGAAUGGACCUGGGGCUUUGCAGCGCUGCAUGUUCUUACUCUUGGUUUGUAGACGUUGGUGGCUCUUGGGGAUGCUGGACACCGCAGCAGCAUUUGGUUUGUGCGUGAGAAAGGAAGUCAGUUUCACCCUCUAAGAACUCUGAACAAGGAACCAGGUCAACCUUGACUCACAGCCACAGCCACAGCCCCAGCCCCAACCUCUAGAGCUGGUUCAAAAAACAAAAACAAAACAAAAUUAAAAAAAAAAAAAACAAAACAAAACCCAGUCUUGUAGACAUUUGCAUUCGCUCGAUUUCCUUUUGUUGCCAGGAAACGUCAAAAGCUACCUUGGAGUGGCCACUGGUGGACCUCAUGGAACUGCUGGCCCUUCGUCCUUGUUAGGUGGAGCCCAUGUCUGUUAUGGCUCUGAGGAGACACUGCAGUUAGUAGUAGCAUUUGUUGCCAUGGCUGGCUGGCCUGUUUCUGCCCCUCUAAUGGAGCAGGCAAUGUGUGACAGCUGUUGAAUUUGGCCAGGCUUUACCCUGCCCCUCUCUCCUCCUUGGUUCCAUUUAAGGUCAGUGUGCACGGGAGUAGGGAUUAGUGACCCCUUUGCCUGGAGCAGCACACAAUUCUUCCAGCUAGUUAAAUUGAUGAAGCCAUUAUAAAAAGGUGACCUCUCCUGCUUCACUCUUGCCAGAGCUGCUGAUUUGGCCCCCAGGUCUUUGUGCACUGUUGAGGCCCUGUCUGUAUUUGAAUGCUUCUAAGUUACAUAUCUGCUGUGGUUUCUUUUAAAAGGUGUCUGCUCAGACUUUGGUCUCGUGAUGUCAUACAGUGUGUUGGCAGUGAGUGUCCUUGGGUUGCCUUGUCUGCAGUCACCAAGCAAAUGACUUCACUUGGCCAAGACACCUUGUCUCACUCAGCCCCAGGGUCCCCUCUGUAAGUGAAGAGGUUUCUUGGGACAAGGCUUGUGAGAAUUUCUGAGCAAUUAGGUCACAGUGACAUGUACACAAAAAGUGCCCAGAUCCUCCAUACCAGGCUGGUGGGCACCAUCACAUGGACACUGGCUAUGCCAUACCAUGGCAGCUGUGGGAUACUCCAGGUCUCUGCUCUCAGAGUGACACCUUCAGGGUCUGGCACCAUGCUGCAUGGUUGAAUCGGGUUGAUAGUUCUGACUGGAGCAGGCUGUACAUACAGAGCACUCCCCACAGAAGUCAAGGGAGUUGGCUUAUUUAUGAUCACUGCGAUGUUCCCACCCUGACUCCAUCACCAAUGGCAACAGAGACCACAGCGAUGGGACUGACUUGGAACCUCUGUUUUUUUUUUUUUUUUUUUCUUCUUGUUUAGUCUGAGCAGGCAUAGAUAGACAUCAUAGCAGUAGGCUUUCAUUUUAAUGGACUGUUUCUCUGUACCAGUCUGCCUCACCUCUGCCUGUAUUGAAUACGGUCCCUCAGAUCCCAGGCUUCUGGGGACAGUGGGAAGUGUUCCUUCCCUGCCUCCCUUCAAACGCCAUUGGGAAUGUAGAGGUUAAAGUCCUUUGGAAGGACUGAGUAAAGACAGCAGGAUGCUCCUUUCUGCAGCAGGACGGGCCACUUGUAUCAAAGUAACCAAAUGCACGUUUGUACUGAAAAGGCUGAAAAGAGAGGUGAUUUGUAUAGCAUAGUGUGUCGAAAUGAAGCUUUUUUUUUUUUUUUUUAAAUCGGGAAAUUUUAUUUUAGUGUACAGGAAGGACCAGUCACUAUUCUUGUAAGAACACUAGUAUGUCACUUGCCAGUCUUGGUGUGGACAUUUUCAGGGUUGUGCUGGGCACACUUAACCUUUGAGAGAUUCCAUGGGCACAGUUGCAAGUCAGCCUGCAUGGCUCGGAACUGGUCUCCAUUUGAGACAGAAAAGGCAUCCUCAUGAGCUGCCACGAUAGGCUUCUUUGUGGGGGAAAUCGUUGAGUCUUACUUAGCAUUUCACAUUUUGAAUCUCACUAGUUCCUGUAGAUGUAGGGCUCAGAGGCCCGUGUCAGCCUUCUCUGGCCAACACUGGGGUUGGGCAGCCAUUCACUUAAGUCCGCAUCAGAGAAAAACUGCCUGUGCUCCAGUUCCGGGGUGAGCAUCUUGUCGGCUGCCCCCUCUCGGGGCUCCCCGCCCUUCACACAUCUUACUCCUGUCUCACUGCACUCUGGUUGGAAUUGUCUAGCUGUGUUUGUGUAGCUGCUGGGCGCACUGGGCUGCUCACUUGUUCGUGGAGUUUUUGGGUUCCCACGUAAGUUUUUCUGUGAGUCAUCCUAGUCUCUCUGCUAAGUGUCCCGGCUUUCCUAAGUAUGGCCACUCUGGAUGUAAAUAAGAAUACUCCUCUGUACAAGUAUUUUUGUGAAAAAUGUAACUUGUUAGUGUAACUAUUUAAAAUAUGAUGACGUUAAGAAUACUUGUGAAAAAAUUAAAAUAUUACCUCUCCGUUUUUGCUUUAAA